AUGGAUCCGAAGGGGAAGCAACCGGCGGGGACGGCAACGGAAGGACCGGCGAGAGGAAAAGGUAAGGGCCCUAACGCUUGGACGAGGCCGGGGCCGUGGGUGACUCAGUGGCCCACGGCUGCGGAGGUGGAGCGGCUGAGCCGCUGCUUUCCGGAGGUCUUGACUCCUCCGGAGGAACCGAUUGCGGCGGCCCGGCUCGAGUGGGAAGGGAGGGCGGCGGUGGCCCGUAGCUUCGGCCGCCGCGUCCCAGCAGAGUGGGUGGCGAAAGAUGUCGCCGCCCGCUCAAAGUUGAAGGAGGUGGUGGCCGUCCCGCUUGCGGACGGCUACCUGGCCCUGAGGGGGGCAGCCAAGCCGUCCUUCAUGUCUUCCUUCAAACGGUUAGUGCAAAUUCAUUGCCCAGAGAUCUGCGUCCUUAGUGAGACCCGGCUAUCUGGUGAGGGGCUUGCACGUCUGAGACGACGUCUGGGGAGGGACUGGGAGACAUACGCAGUCGAGUCCCAGGGGUUGUCGGGAGGUAUCUUGCUCCUGUGGAGGCGUGGGGUGGCGACUUUUGAUGUCUUCCACAACUGCUCUCAGCAGGUAGUUAUGGUUGUAUCGGCACCUGAUGCUCCUCCGUGGGUUUUGUGUGGGGUGUAUGCGAGCACGAAUCACAGGGUCAGGAGAGUCCUCUGGCAGGAGAUUGCGAGUCUCACUGCCCAGGGUGUCCCGACAGUUGUAGUUGGUGACUUCAAUUGCAUCCUGAGUUCGGGUGAUAAGAGGGGAGGGGCAGCCUUCACGGAUAGAGUGGACAGGAGGGAGUUCCGGGAUUUUGUGUCACGCACGGGCCUGGUGGACUUAGGUUACUCAGGACCUCAGUUUACUUGGUGCAAUAAUCAGCUUGGCAGUGCUAGGGUUUGGGAGCGUCUGGACAGGGCCUUUGCGUCCCCAGACUGGCGUCUCCCGGUGCGUGGUGACGCUAUGCACCGGGUGUCGCGCAAACUAGAGUUGGCCAAGAGGCGUCUCCGGCGAUGGAACCGCGAGGUUGUGGGCGAUAUCUUCUGGAGAGUGGAGGGGGUUGAGACCGCGAUCUCCGAGUUGCAGUCGAAAGAAGAUUUGGAAGGCACGCUUUCGUCGAGCGAUAUGGGUGACCUUCGGGGGCUUCUAGCGACGCACCACUCCCUCCUACGACAGCACGAGAUCUUCUGGCGUCAGAAAUCUCGAGUCCAGUGGGUGCGUGAGGGUGACCGCAAUACUAGUUUCUUUCACCGGACUACGAUUAUUCGGAGGCAGUGGAGCACGAUUCACUCGCUGCGAGAUGGGUCGGGACAUCGGGUGGAAGGUGAGCCCUCCAUUCGUCAGACCUUGUUGGAUUUCUUCCGCACCAGAUGGACGGAGGAGGAGGAGUCCGACGACAGUGAUCCCAUCCCUCCUCCGCGGGUGGAUGUGAGGAUCGAGGAUGAUGAGAACGUAGCCCUGGUCCGACCGGUGUCGGCACAGGAGGUUCAGGAGGCAGUCUGGGCUUUGGCUCCAGACAAGGCUCCGGGACCAGAUGGGUUUCCCCCGUUUUUCUUUCGACGUUAUUGGGGUAUUAUUCAGACAGCGGUGGUUGAGGCCAUUCAGUGCUUCUUCUCCCAGGCGGUGAUGCCGGGGGAUUGGAAGGCUACCUUCAUCACGCUCAUUCCGAAGCGUCAGGAGGCGGCCGAGCCCUGUCACUUCAGACCCAUUAGCCUGUGCACUACCUUGUAUAAGGAGAUGAUGUGGGACCUUCAGCGAGCAUCGAAGCGACAUAGCCUGAUGGCUAUUAAGCUGGAUAUGGAGAGAGCUUAUGACAGGAUCAGAUGGAGAUUUCUUCAGCAGACACUGGAGGCGUACGGAUUCCAUAGGCAGUGGAUCGACUGGGUGCUGGGGUGUGUCAGGGGGCCAAAGUUUUCGAUUUUGGUCAAUGGCACACCUCCUUUCUUUGAGUCUACGAUGGGGCUGCGUCAGGGAUGCCCUUUAUCUCCUUACUUGUUUAUUCUUUGUGCUGAUAUUUUGUCUCGUGAUUUGCAGAGGGUGUGUGCCUGUAGGGAGCUGGAGGCCUAUGUUCCCGCCCCGGGGGCUAGUCCUCUUUCCCACUUACUCUUCACUGACGAUUGUCUUCUUUUGGCCAGAGCGCGGGUUUCUGAUGCACGGGUCCUUCGUAGGGUGGUAGCAGACUACUGUAUGGCGUCGGGCCAGAGAGUCAACUUCCAAAAGUCAGCUGUCCGCUUCAGUCCGAGUACGGAGAGCAGGGUCAGACAGGAGAUUCGUGGGAUUUUGCAGAUUCCUGAGCAGGAGGAGACAUUGACCUACCUGGGAGUUCCCAUCACAGGCCGCAGAUUACGAGUGGCAGAGUGCUCCAGCCUGGUGCAGCGGGUGGAGAGCAGGUUGGAGGGAUGGAGAGCAGUUUUCCUAUCUAUGAUGGGGAGACUGACUUUGAUCAGAUCAGUGUUGGGGUCCAUGCCAGUUUAUCUCAUGGCCAACACUGUGGUUCCGAAGACGACCUUACUGAGGAUUGAGCGACUGUUGCGGUGCUUCCUGUGGGGGUCACAUGGCGGAGGCCGCGGGGUGCAUCUGGUAGCCUGGGAGCACGUAUGCCGGCCUACCAGCGAGGGCGGUCUCGGGGUGCAGUCCCUGCUGGAGCGUCGCGAGGCCUUCAUUGCUCGGCAUGCAGCUCGGUUCCUGCUAGAGCCACACGGGUUGUGGAGUCAGGUGAUGGCCGCCAGAUAUGGACGUGACGGCUCAGAGGUGGCAUGGAGUGGGCGGCGAGUCUCCUUCAUGUGGCGUGAGAUUGGGAGGUAUGUGCCGACGGUGUCGGCAAAUACCAGGUGGAUAGUAGGCGAUGGGCGGAGUAUUGAUGUGACUGCGGACCCAUGGGUGGACACUGUCCCACUGAGGUGCUGGCCGACCAUGAUUGAUACUGCGGCGGCGGAGGGACUGCGGGUUUUUGAUCUUCUGGCCCCAGGAGAGUCAGCAUGGGAUGUGGCCAGGUUACGUCAGCUGUUCGGGGUACAUCUAACUGAGAGGAUCCGGUCUCUUCCGGUGCCAGGCUAUGGGGGGCCUGAUGUUAGGGUUUGGGGCACUUCCUGCCGAUCCAGGGUCCGACUGGGAGAUCUCGCCGGUGUUAUCCAGCAGGAGCAUGAGCCAGGGCCGGACUACACUUGGAUCUGGAGGUCAGGGCUUCACCCGAGGGCUGCACUUUUCCUAUGGAAGGUGGCAUGGGACCGUCUCCCGACGAGAGCAGCGCUGAGUAGGCGAGGAUGUGAGAUCCCUGCGGAGUGCGGGACAUGCAGUGUGGAGGAGUCGGUCGACCACGUGCUUUUCCAGUGUUCGUGGGCGAGGUUGGCAUGGCAGUGGGCAGGGUUCCCGCAGGAGGUCUGGCAUGGGAGGCCUCAGUUUUUACAGACGAUGCAGCAGUGGUUGGUCCGCCCUCGGACAUGUCAGGAGGCUAUUCGAGCGACUUGCACAGCACAUCAGAUCUGGCUGGCUUUGCAGGCUGGCUCGAUUGUUUUGGAGGGCGACUCAGCCACAGUCAUCAGUUGGAUUCAGAAGGGGCUGAGGGGUGAGGGCUCAGACCACCCCUUGGUUCGGGACAUAGGGAUGAUGUGUGGGGUUGGGGUGGCCAUUCAGGCGAAGCAUGUAUUUCGAGAAGCCAAUGGGGCAGCCGACUAG